AAUAAACACUAAUUUAAUCAAAAUAAAUUUCAAAAAAAGUAAAAUAAAAUAUAUUUAAUUUUUCUUAAUAUGUAUGAAAUAGAUAAAAUAUCAUUAAAAACAACACAGAGGGACAAAAAUGUAAAAUGUGAUAUACUUCAGUUUCCCCUAUAAGUACACUUCCCUCUCAGACAUUCAAACCCAAACUCGAAGAAAAAACAAAGCAAGCAACUUUGAUUUGUAAUGAAGAAGAACGCAUCCAGUUCAUCGUUCGGUCCAGGUGGGUUGGAUCUCACAAGCGCCUUUUUCAAACCCAUCCUCAACUCCGAUCCUCCUAUCCCUUCCAACCGCUGCACCAAAAUCUCCGUCGUCGGCGUCGGAAACGUCGGAAUGGCCAUCGCUCAAACCAUCCUCACUCAAGAUCUCGCAGACGAGAUCGCACUCGUUGACGCUAACCCUGAUAAGCUUCGAGGCGAGAUGCUCGAUCUCCAGCACGCCGCUGCUUUCCUCCCCCGCACUAGAUUCACCGCUUCCGUUGACUACAACAUCACCGCAGGAUCCGAUCUAUGCAUCGUCACCGCCGGUGCAAGACAGAAUCCGGGGGAGUCCAGGCUCAAUCUCCUUCAGAGAAAUGUAGCUAUCUUCCGCCAGAUCAUCCCUCCACUAGCGAAGCUAUCUCCUAAUUCAAUCUUACUCAUCGUCUCCAAUCCCGUUGAUGUCUUGACCUACGUGGCGUGGAAGCUCUCCGGUUUUCCCGUGAAUCGAGUGCUUGGGUCUGGUACUAAUCUUGACUCGUCUCGGUUCAGAUUCUUGAUCGCAGAUCAUCUCGACGUUAAUGCCCAGGAUGUGCAGGCAUUCAUCGUGGGAGAGCAUGGGGAUAGCUCGGUGGCAUUGUGGUCAAGCAUAAGUGUGGGAGGCAUCCCUUUGCUAAGCUUUUUGGAGAAGCAACAGAUAGCUUAUGAGAAACAAAACCUUGAGGACAUUCACCAGACCGUCGUUGGCAGUGCCUAUGAAGUUAUUAAACUCAAGGGCUACACUUCAUGGGCCAUUGGCUACUCUGUUGCCAACCUGGCUCGCACCAUCCUCCGAGACCAGCGUAAGAUCCAUCCAGUCACGGUACUUGCUCGUGGCUUUUAUGGUGUUGAGGGCGGUGACGUAUUCCUCAGUCUCCCGGCUCUGCUUGGACGUAACGGUGUGGUGGCUGUGACUAAUGUGCAUAUGACUGAUGAAGAGGCUGAGAAGCUGCAGAAAUCGGCGAAGACUAUAUUGGAGAUGCAAAGCCAGUUGGGACUUUGAACAUCAUCUCUCCAUCUGCUUCAUUUUUUUAAAAACAACUUUUUGUUUUGUUAUGAUUAAUAAUCAUCAAUCAUCACACGGAUGUUGGUGUCGAAGUUUUAUCUCUAUAUCACUAUAUCUUAUGUAAAUGCGUGGUUAUAAAGAAUGAUUCCGAGUUUUGAAUUCUA